GCCCCUUCUGGUCCGUCUCCCGGCAACAGCCCAAGCCUUCUGCCAUGCCGGGCUCCAACAGGCGGUCUCCUGCGGCGCUAGGGCCGCUGCCGGACGCCCUCCGUGGCCUCUGUGCCUGGCUUGACCAGCUCCCGCUCAGCCGCCCCAAGCGCCACCUGACCCGGGACUUCAGCGACGGCGUGCUGGUGGCCGAGAUCGUGAAGCAUUUUCACCCGCGCCUGGUAGACCUGCACAGCUACAUCCCUGCCUGCAACACUGACCAGAAGCUAAGCAACUGGAGCCUUCUCAAUAGGAAAGUCUUUCGCAAGCUGUGCUUCUGUGUCUCUGAGGAGGACAUCCGUAAGGUGGUAGCCAAUGUACCUGGGGCAAUCGAGCCCAUCCUGUGUGCACUGAGGGAGAAAGUGGAAGCCAACCCUGCUCAGGCAGGCUCACCUGGCACAGCUCUUCAUGUCUGCAAAUUGGAUCCAGGAUUCUCCAGCAUGGAUGCUGUCCAUUCACAGGCAGGCCUGCUAAGCCCCUCAGCUCCCACCAGUAUGAAGACCCUUCAGAAGCAGAGGGCCUUGGAGAAGAAGGGCAGCUGUGCUUGUGAAUGUCAGGACCCAGCUGAAGGGGCCUGGGAGCACCUGGCCAAGGUUCAGCAGUUGCUGGAGGACAAGGAGCAGGCAGUGGACAUUCUGCAAGAGACAGUCCAGAUUUUGCAGAUGAAGGUGAUAAAGCUGGAGCACCUGGUGCAGCUGAAGGACCUGCGGAUCGCAGAGCUGACGCGACUGGGGACCGAGGAGUGCCGUGUGCCCCCGGGAGCCCCAUCCUGAGCCAGCCAGACCCUGACCUUGAGGAUGCAGAGCCUUGCUCCCACCAGUGGUUCUUCUGCGCGUCCCUGCACUGUCCAGCAGGCUCCGGGAGGGACGUCUGUAUAAGGCACAGGUUUAGAAGCUAGAGUGGGGGUUGGGUUCCUGCUGGGGGUCACCUGGGGCCAUACUGCCCCACAGAUGGGUUUGGGACACAGCCAGUGGGAUUCCCUCCAGCCCCACGUUUCAUCACUGCAUCUGUGAACACA